AUGUAUUAGGUACCUUUGCGUAGUAAAUGAUGUAUUGUCAUUAGUGACAUCAUGAUGAGUGAUGACUGAUGACAUCUACAUCAUUACCUUUGACAUUUCAUUAUUUCUUAUUUAAAAUUCAAAAUAUUUGGGUUUCGGGAAUCCUCAUUAAAUAUCUUAAGUUUUGGAACAACAUUUACAAUUUUAUGAAAUAUAAUAAUACAAAAAUGUGUUGUAUGAUGUAUGCUUACCAAACGUACAUUUGAAUGUGUACAGUUUAAACUAGGUAUACAAUACUUAAAAUUUAAUCACGAUUUAUUUAUGUACAUGUAAAUCCGUGCACAAUUUAUCAUCAUGAUAGAAUUAGCGGCAAGACUUACUACAGGAACCGUAUACCUAGCUGGUGAAGCUCUAGAGUGUUGUAUUACAUUUUCACACGAAACUCAGCCUGAACACCGCGAUUCACAAAGCCACAGCGAUAUUUUAGAGAAUCUAGCAUGGGCAUCUGCACAAAUACAUUGUUUCUUCUCAACAUCCAAAAAUACUAAUGAAAAAACGCAAUCUGUUGAAAAAACUACUGCUUUAGAAGUAACAUCAUGUGAUAUAGGAGAUGUUGUAUUUCACACAAAACCAAAGAUUUUGUUUUGUGACUUAACAAUACCACUAGGAGAAACCAAGACAUUUUGGUAUCGUGAAUCUUUACCGAUUGAAGCACCACCUUCAUACAGAGGAAACUUAGUAAAGUAUUCAUAUAAAGUUACAAUUGCAACACAAAAAGUUGGAUCACACAUAAGGAUGGCAAGAAUACCUUUCAGAGUGUUACCCAUAAGUCCAAUCAUGAAUAUGCAGGAUUUAGCUGCUCUGUGUGGGAAUGAAACAACAGAUGAAUUACAACCCACCAAUCCAUUUUCUGAAGAAAGAAAAGUAGAGACUCCCUUGACCAUGGCUUUGCAAGUUCUGCAGAACCUCACAGCAAGGAGAAGCCCCAAUUCAUACAUGAUAACAAACACAAGAGGUAAAAUAGGAAGAUUUUGUUUAUUUAAGUCUGCUUAUAAACUUGGUGAAGAUAUUGUUGGGACAUUUGAUUUUUCAGUAGGCUCUGUUACAUGUAUGCAGGUAUCAGUAUCAUUACAACCUGAAGAGGUUAUGAAAAAGAAAACACCCAUAAAUAAUACAAGUAAGGAUACUAGUAGCAGGUCAAUGACUGUGGCGAGAUAUCAUGAGGUCACAUUAGGCCUUACUCAUUCACAGCUUAUUCUGCCUAUUCCUCUGCAUAUCACACCUGCUUUUGAUACUGAAGAAGUGUCAUUGAGUUGGCGAUUGCAUUUUGAGUUUGUAACAACCCAUGAAAAGCUACUUCCUUCAUCAGAUGAUAAAGAUUGGAAUGCGCCAUUAAAUGUACCAAUAGAGACAAUGGUUUGGAAUUUGCCUGUCAAAAUAUAUUCUACACUACCCAAACAAAUUACCCAACCAGUUGGAAAUGAUGCUUAUAAAAUGUUUAUAAAGUAGGAUGUUGAUAAAGAUAAAAAACAAUUAUAAUAAGUCCAUAUGAAGAAACAACUAAUGGUAUAUUAAUUAUCUAGACAAUAACUUAUUCAUAUUAUUAUGUCAAUGUUAUAUGUAUAUAAAAAAUUUCUUGAAAUCACUUAAUCAUUCUGUUCCAUGGGUUUUGUAUUAAAAUAUUUUAAGUAUAUUUGUAGUCCUAAGAUUUGUAUAUAACUAAUAAUAAAAAGUC